CCCUCCAGCAAAACGCCCUCGCUUAACACUUACAUUUAUUUGUAGAUAGACAGAUAACAAAAUCAGCCUCGCCAGUCAAGCAUAAUACUGUGGCAGUCGAUUCAUUGUAUUUUAGCUUUAUUUAAAAUAACGUUUUGCUUGUUUAACCCCGCCCGCGACCCCGGAAGUGCAGGCGGGCGAUCAGGUCCUGGGUGUAAAAUCAGCUGGAGAGGAGUUAAGCUGUCUGCGUUUUUAACACAUUCGCUUUUAAUCUUUUAUUUUUUAACGCCUGAUUAUUUAUUGUAGACCACAAUGGGGACCAGAGACGACGAAUAUGAUUAUCUGUUUAAAGUCGUGCUGAUCGGAGACUCCGGCGUUGGGAAGAGUAACCUCCUCUCCCGGUUCACGCGGAAUGAGUUCAACCUGGAGAGCAAGAGCACCAUCGGGGUGGAGUUCGCCACUCGCAGCAUCCAGGUGGAUGGCAAGACCAUCAAAGCACAGAUCUGGGACACAGCCGGGCAGGAGCGCUACCGGGCCAUCACCUCCGCGUACUACCGCGGAGCUGUGGGCGCCCUGCUGGUCUAUGACAUUGCCAAGCACCUGACGUAUGAAAAUGUGGAGCGCUGGCUAAAGGAGCUGCGAGACCAUGCUGACAGCAACAUCGUCAUCAUGCUGGUGGGCAACAAGAGCGACCUGCGCCACCUCCGGGCAGUGCCCACCGAUGAGGCCAAAGCUUUCGCAGGUCAGUGUUAUACUGGAGCUGCCUUUUACACACACAGGACGAGUCCACCUUGCUUUCAUUACUGACCUGUCCCAAUUUAU